AUGAGGGGCCUGCAACUGGUCCGCGGACUUGUCCUGUUCCUAGUCGCCCUGAGCAACCAUGGGAGCGUCUUUUCCAAACAGGUCCAGACACUGCGCCUCCUCCGUCUGCGUGGUAUUCCUACCAGGAAGCUUGCAGACUAUGGACUAGAACUUGAACUAGAACUAGAACUAGAACUAGAACUAGAACUAGAACUAGAAUUAGAACAGGAAUUUGCACGGGACACUGACAACUGUUGGAGGAGUUAUGACCAGGAUGUGCGGCCCACCCGGGCUCCUCCUGAUGUGGUGGAGGUGCACUUCAUCGCUAUUCUCUCACAUAUUGUAGAAGUGGACGCAAAGAAGCAAAUCCUGACAGCAAACCUAUGGCUCCAUAUGAUGUGGUACGAUCCUCGGCUAGAGUGGAAUAAAGCUGACUAUGGAAACGUGACGAACCUGGUAGUUCCGGACGAGCGAGUCUGGAAACCGGACGUGGUGCUCUACCAAAACGCCGAUUCAGCCUUCGAUGGCUGGGCUAAGAUGCACGUGCUGAUCACCAAUGACGGUACGGUGGUGUGGGAGCACCCUGCCAUCGUCAUGUCGGCCUGUGAGAUGGACGUCUCCGCCUUCCCGUUCGACAGUCAAGUCUGCACCCUGACCUUCGGGCCAUGGGUUCAGGACGCCACAGAGGUUUUGAUGAUCAGCGACAGCGCAGCGAGCAACCUGAAGCACUUCAGCGCCAACGUCGGCGCCUCCGGGUGGGACGUGCUCUCUCUCAAUGCGCGAGACCAGAAGGUGUCUUACGACGGAGUCUACUGGGGCACAACUCCUAAGAACUUCUCGGAGACUGACAUCACCAUCCACCUGCGCAGGAAGCCGACGUUCUAUGUCUUCAAUCUUCUGCUCCCGUGCGUGCUCCUGGCCGUGAUGAUGGCCGCCACCUUCCUCCUCCCCAUAGAUAACGGAGAGAAGGUUUCCUUCGGAGUGUCCAUCCUGCUCGCGCUGGUCGUCUUUCAACUGCUGAUGGUCCAGCUUCUCCCCGAGUCGGAAAGCCUACCAUGGAUAGGCAAAUUCGUCAUCAUAGCCAUGGUACUGAUGGCGGCUUCGUUGGCAAUCUCCACCAUUGUCAUCAACGUCUGCAGCCGCGCCACGGGCCCGGGCAAGAGGCCACUGGGCCCGUGGACACGCCGGAUCUUCCUCCGCUACAUGUCAAAGAUUCUUCUCAUGGGAGACCUCUCUCAAGAAGAUCAGCCCUAUAGCCUCAUAGAUGGGAGGAACAACGUCUGUGGUGAGCAGGUACCGAUGGCUUCAAAGACCGUCCAGAGCUUUGUUCUUCUACCAGGAGGUUCGGAUGAUGACAAGAAAGAGGACAACGCCGCGGCGACAGAAAUGCUGGACAUCAUGAGAGGAAUCAAGAAGGGACUGGACUCGCUGCUGAUCUACUACGAGGAGAAGGAGAAAGUCGAGGGCAUCGAGAGUGACUGGAAGCUGCUUGCCAAGGUGUUGGAUCGGAUCUGCUUGCUCUUGUACCUUGUGGGAGCUUCUACGUGCCUGCUGGCGUUUUAUUUCAGCUCAACGGUCAUCACUCCAGAUAUCUAGAUGAUGAAUAAAUAACUCUCCAGCAUGUCAGAAAGUGAUGCCAUCGCUGCCAUAUCGUGGCGCGAGUUCAGUUAAGCAGAGAGAUAAAAAGAUGAACGCGAGAAGAGCCACGGCAAUCGUUGUCUGCCAAGAUGGACAUGAUGAUGUGACGUUCGACACGGGACGUCAGAAUAUGCCAAUCGUGCUGAGUUGUAGUGCCAUAUCGCAUGGAGCUGUUUUGUACUGCGGAAACGUGCUUGUCAAUGUGAGAAUUUUAGUCCCGGAAGUAUUGUUUUGUGGCUCAGUUAAGUUACAUACGACAAAAACAGAAUGAACACGGAGUAAGCUGUCAGUUGCCGCACUACGAAUAUGUUCAUUAGUUAUUACCAACAUAAUAGUGUGGCUAGGUUUGGAGGGCUUUCCCCAA